AUGUCCUUGCGCCUGGCGAGACUCGCCCGCCCGGCGGCUGCGGCCGCUCGGGGCCGCCCGGGGCUCGGCGCCCGGCGAGUGGCAAAUAUUCACGUGAGCGCUCAGCAGAAGUUGCGGUAUGGCUGGUUGGCUUAUAUGCUGGGAGAGAGAUCUACUAAAAAGUUCAAUAAAUACAGCAAAAUCUUUACUGUGGAUGGCAACUUAUCUUCUGGGAAGGGCAAACUUGCACAACAAAUAGCAGAAAAGCUAGGUAUGCAAUAUUUCCCAGAAGCAGAUGUGCAUUAUUUGGACAGGGUUACAGGAGAUGGAACGCUAUUGGAUGAGAAAUUUAAUGGCCAUUGUAGUCUAGAGAAAUUUUACAAUGAUCCUAAAUGUCCUGAUGGAAAUUCAUAUCGCCUACAAGCCUGGUUGUACAGUAACCGUGUUUUGCAGUAUUCCGACGCACUGGAGCUCCUCUUGUCUACAGGACAAGGUGUAGUGAUGGAACGCUCCGUCUACAGCGACUUUGUGUUCAUGGAGGCGAUGUUUCAACAAGGCUAUAUCCACAAAAGAUGUGUUAAUCACUAUAAUGAAGUCAAGGGUAUCAGUAUCUGUGAAUUCCUGCCACCUCAUUUGGUGAUCUAUAUUGAUGUACCAGUCUCAGAGAUACAGAAAAGGAUCCAAGAGAAAGGAAAGCCCUAUGAGAAAAAGGUGUCUCCUGCAUACCUCCAGAGCAUUGAAGAUGUCUACAAGAAAUCUUUCCUGCCAGAGAUCAGUGAGACCUCUGAGGUUUUGCAGUACACAGCGAGCGAGGCGCAGGAUGUAGAGAAGGUAAUUGAAGAUAUUGAGUAUCUGAAGUUUGAUAAGGGACCUUGGCUGGAACAAGAUGAUGUUAGUUUCCAUCACUUGAGGCUUUAUAUGGAGGACAAACAUAAAGUGAUGAACCCUACAACUAUCCCUCGCUACAUCCCAGAAAUCACAAUUGGAGGCAAUGAAUUUGAUAAAAUAUAUUACCAAUAUAGAUCGCUUCCUGGUCGCAAUUUUGACAAAGGUUACAACUCCGAGGUGGGGGACAAGUGGAUCUGGCUGAAAUGAAACCUGCCGCACUUUGAAGCCCUAACACCAAAUGAUCACAGAACUUGAAUGAUAAAGAAGCUGCUUUCAAUCUCUUUGCUCACCAUUUACUGUAUAUGGAGCACAAAGGACACCGUGUAAAUGAUUCGGAAAUUAGAGUGUAAGAGAAUGGCCUCAAAGUAAGAUAACCCACCGUAAUAUUUAAUUCAAGGAAACAUCUUGCCUCCUUGUGUAUUCAGCUCAUUUUUAUUUUAGAAUGAUCCCCAAUAAUUGUAAUAAUCUGACAUUGCAGUGGUAGCCUUUCUAAGAUCAACACGGAAUCACCAUCAAAACUGGGGCUUCGUGUUAUACAGGAUUGUGAUUGUUUGACUGAAAAGAAAUAAAACCUAUAUCCUUA